GCCCAUUGCCAGCGCUAUCGACCAAUUUUUUUGAGGAUUAUCACGUCAUUUCUAGAAACCCGAAGGAGAGGAAUUCUCCCUGCAUCGUGGAGAAGACAGAAUGGGAAACGCGGUGCUCCUUCCCGUCUAUUUAAAAGGGCCCUCCUCGCCGGACGGGUUGAAGAAUAGUGGUGAUGGCGUAUGUCGAGAAAGGUGUUGUCAAAGACAAGCGAUCAAUAUGGAGACUGGGCAUCAUCAGUGAACUUUUCUGGGCAAUUAUCAGUUUCUUUGGAGCCUUUUUUACGACGUUGUUUUCGAUGGAGAAAUCUGAUGCGUACAGGAAACUGUCUGGUUCUCGUAGUUCGUGGGAUGGUGGUCCGGGUGGGGGUCCUGGAAGAGGUCCUUAUGGUGGUGGUGGGCCUCGUGGUGCUCCACAUGGGAUGGGUAAUGUCCGUGGAAUUGAUCAUAGUCCUCUUCCUGCUUGCGGCUCAUGUUGUGGAGGUUAAAUGAGAGUGAUCUGAUUGUGUGUUUACCUCGACCUGAACUCUUUUGGGUUACAUGUGUAAGUAGGACUCAGACUUUAGAUUUCCAAGAACUUUGUGUGUAAUCCUUCUUGGAUUUCGAUUGGCUUUUCUAGAAAGGACGACUGUCUCGAAUGGGAUUCCUUCUAUUACUAUCAAGCAUCUGAAAAGAAGCGUCUAAUUUGUUUUAGAUUGGUUGGUAGACUGAAUGGUUAAUGUUGUGACAUGCAAAUGUGAAAUGUGGUCCUCUGA